GGCUACCUUCGACAUGAGCUGUGCUCAUGUUGCACUUAUGGAUUUUAUGGAAGAGAGUGAUUGCUUGCCUUCCUCACUGACACCGAGGCUGCUGAGCUAGUGGAUCUCUGGGCCCCUCAGAAGCCUCUGUAGACUGUAUCUGGUGCUCCAUCUCAUCGCUGUGUCGGCCCAGGCUCCACCCAACCCAACCUUGCUCCUCCGCAUCGACACUCACCACCACCGGCCUCCUUUCUCGAAAGCAGACCAGGACCAACUUCGCAUCAUGGCUGCCGAACAACACAACCAGUCCGCCGCAUAUGGUAUCGUCACAGACUACCAGACGCUCACCAAGCAUUUCCUCCAAGAACAACAACAGGCAGGAUCAAAGGCCACAGGCGAUUUCACGAUCCUUCUCAAUGCCAUUCAGUUCACCUGCAAAGUCAUUGCUCACAACAUUCGACGUGCAAACCUUCUCAGUCUCGGCGGACUCGCCGGUGCGACCAAUUCUACAGGCGAUGACCAAAAGAAGCUUGACAUUAUCUCGAACGACAUCUUCCUCGAUGCUAUGAAGGCCUGCGGGCGUGUCAGCGUCAUCAUUUCCGAGGAAGAGGAGGAGGCCAUCAUCGUCGAGGGUGUCGGGGGUAACAACGGCCGUUACUGCGUCGCUUGUGAUCCAAUCGACGGCUCAAGUAACUUGGAUGCCGGUGUGUCGGUAGGCACCAUUUUCGGUAUCUACAAGUGCCAGGAGGGAUCCAGCGGCAGCCUGAGUGAUGUCCUGCGUUCUGGUACAGAGAUGAUUGUGGCUGGUUAUUGUAUGUAUGCUGCCUCCGCCAACCUUAUCAUCACCACAGGCAACGGAUUGAACGGCUUCACGCUCGACAAUGCGCUCGGCGAGUUCAUCUUGACACACCCUCAGAUGAAAAUUCCAAAGUCACGCAGCAUCUACUCUGUUAACGAGGGAAACAGUAUGUACUGGGAUGAGCCUUGCAAGAAGUACUUUGAAGCGCUCAAGUAUCCCGAGUCAGGAAAGCCGUACUCCGCACGAUACAUCGGAUCCAUGGUUGCGGAUGUGCACCGAACACUGCUUUAUGGAGGUAUCUUUGCGUACCCAGCAGACUCCAAAUCAAAGAAUGGCAAACUUCGAGUGCUGUACGAAUGCUUCCCCAUGGCUAUGAUUGUCGAGCAAGCCGGCGGUCUGGCUACAGACGGCCGUCGUAGAAUCUUGGACAUCGUGCCCAAGGACAUUCACGAGCGCUCUGGCAUUUUCCUGGGCUCAGAAGACGAGGUCAACAAGCUUCUGGCCGCUUACAAACAGUAUGGCAAUUAGGUGGCAAACCCUUUUCCGUAGCAUUCAUAUACGCUCAAUCCUUCUCAUCUACAAGUGAUCGCUAGUCAUAUAUUGGUCCAAUCAGCAUCCGAAG